AUGCAUGCCGGACAAAGAAGUACGAGGAUAGCACCACCCGCCCUGGCGUCCUCUCAUGGCGUGGAAGCACUUGCAAGAGGUGGAAGCUCCAGUGCGUCAGCAGGCAUGGCAGGCAUUGGAGCAGGAAGAUCAGGUGCUGCUGCCUCCUACCGCUCCUUUACCUCUUCGGACCAUCGUUCGUACCACGACUACAACGCUGGACCGCCGCACUGGAAUGCUUUUGACUCCUCACAGCCCCCAGAUCCAACUCAGCUACACGGCGGUCUGCCCUCGGCCCAAUCCACCUCAUCCUUCGACACAUCCUCUCGUACAUUCGAUGCUAUGAGUUUACCAUCCUCUUCGUCCUUGUACGCUUCACAGUCCAUGAAGCAUCUCGCAGAGAGCACCCACGACACCUCAGCAGCAGCACUGCCAGCAUCGUCAUCUUCAGCGGCCACUACUACGUCCUCAAGUUCCAGCUCCCACCAACGCGCCAUCUCCGAGGCUGAGCUGCUGGCGUUCGUAGAUCAAAAGCGCCCAAAAAUUACAACCGAGGAUGCAACCAAGCAAUCGAGGAGCUCACCCGCUUCUAAUGUCGACCGCGGUGCGCAAUCCAAGAGUGCAAAGGAUAGCUCCAAUUCCUUAGAUACCCUGGACCUCUGUCACAAGCGCAUCGACCGCGUUCCGGAUGCCUUGGUCGUUAUGAUCAAGGAACAAGUGGUUCGACUCGCCCUCGGCUACAACCAUCUCACCCGACUGCCAGACAACUUUGCCGAUCUGCACAACCUACGAUACCUCAACAUCCGUGCCAACAACUUUGCCUACUUCCCUGAGUGUGUCACCAGGAUGCCCAAUCUCGAAAUUCUCGACUUGAGCCGCAACAAGGUUCGUACGCUGCCACAAGUCCCCGGCCGUCUCCUCUCCCUUCGCGUCCUGUCGAUGAACGCCAACCGCUUGACUGAGCUGCCACCUUGGGUCGGCAAGAUGAAGCACUUGCGCAUCCUCAAGCUCGACAACAACCCGCUCGAGUGGCCCCCACCUCACAUCUCCAAGAUGCCCAAUGUAUCACCGCCCAAAGCUCCGUCUUCGUCCAACGGCUCAUCCGCAGCCGCCGAGCGCGAAAAGGUCAAGCGCUUCGAGGAUCGACAAAUGGUCGUAUGGAUCGCCAAGCUGCGAUCGUGGAUCAACGACCCUGCCAACCAACCGCAGAAUCCUGCGAUAUCAGCCGCAGAACAAACAAUGAGCACAGCAAUUGAGCGCAGAGAAAUAGGCGAAGCAGAUGAAAGAGCCGAUCUUGCAAGCCAUGCGCGGUCUAAUCCCGUCGAGCUGCCCUCCUCUCAAUCCGAUGGCCUCAUGUCGCUUCACGUGCAGGUGCCGCAGAGCGUAUCGGAUCGCACACUGAGAGCGCAUACGGAUGAGGCACCUUCUGCUUCACGGAUGCAGCCGGAUUCGGUUGCGACGGUCUCGACAGGCAUCGCACCAGUUGAUGCAGAUGCUGUUGCACAAGGGCUGCUGCCUCCAUUGGUCCCGCAGCCGUCUGCGAGUGACGAGUCAGCGAACGGGGCCGCACCAUCUUCAGAGUUCAACGCGUCAGGCUUCCGAUCACACCACAGCAGCGCCGUCGAGCCCACUCGGCAGCCUCCACAAAGCUCGCAAUCCCCGUCGAUCUCCGUAUCAGAGCACGACGUUCGCCCGAAGAAUAUUCUCGCGAGCCAAAGCGCUAUGAGUGACCCGGACGGACGUCAGCAUGCUCGCAACAACUCGCAUUCCGUCGUACAAGACAUUGCUGCCACUCACCAGAUGGAAGUGCGUCGAUCUCUCACGAGCAAAAAAUCGCUUCCUGACCUACGCAAGAGUCACGAAGACAUUCUGCAGGAGCGAAGAGAUGUGCUUGCCGACUUGAAGACGGAGAAGAAAGUACAACAGCGGAGCGAGACAAACACACGCGAGUCAAGCUUCGAUCGUGACCAAACGUUGGUGCCUCCUGCUUCGAUUGCUUCGAUUGCUGAUGCCGGAACGCCGCCAUCUCAGACAUUCAGCGCAAUCCCGCAACCGUCCAACAGAAAGCCGCCGCUGCAAGCGCGUCGUGGUCCCCGGCCUAGUCUGGGCAAUGGGUUGGCACCGACGAGUCGCCAGGGUUACGAGGGUGGAACAAGCGGGUUCGCCAAUUCUGGCACGCUCACUGCACCUCAAGCUGGAGCUGGGCCGAGUCAAGGGGGCGGUCUUCGCAAACUCAGCCUGCCAACCGUGGGUGCGACGCAAGCUGCGGCCGAGGCGGCUGCCGCCGCGCUGGCCGCUCGUGCCGGCUACAGCAACACGCCUCCGCGUUUCGACGUGGGCCAUGGAAGGAUGGCUUCGGAUCGCGGCAGCGACAACAACUGGCCGUCUCGCGCGGCAUCUCCCAUUGUUAAUGGCACCCGCACGGCUGCGGAUCAAGAGCGUAACAGCUACUUCCGACGUCUGUCGACGUUGCCUCCUUCGACCAUUUCGAAGGCAGUGCCCGUGCCCGUGCUCAAGUUCGUCGAUGGUACACGCGGAGUCCUGUUCGCGCUUUCGCAGAUCCACGCCGCCAUCGGCCAAUUCAUGACACCCGUCAUCGAUGAGAGGAUUUCGGGCCAGUUCCACCGACUGCUCGAUAUAUCUAAUGGCUCGAUCGGUAACCUGAUUAAUGCGUUGGACCGCUUCGAUUCGCUUUCUCGCCGCGGCUCGCCUGAUGCCAGCGUCAUCCGAGGUGUUCUGGUCACUUGCAAAGACUCGGUGAUCACUUUCCGCAAGCUGGUCAGCGUGCUCCAGCUCCAGCUUCGUGCGUUGCAGAGCAGCUCGGAUGUGCGAUACGCGAGAACGUUGCUGCUCAUGCUGUACGGCAGCAUGGCCGAAGUCAGCAAUAGCUGGACCGAGAUGGCUCCCUUGGUGGAGGCUGUGCAGCCGUAUCUGACUCAAGCUGAGGUUGGUAGCACUUCGCCUGCGUCUUCAGAGGCUGCUGCCGUUGCCGCUGCACCAUCCACUGCUGCAACGGCGGAAAAGAUCACACCGCCUUCGACACGUGCAGGUACGCUUCUUCAAAAGAGUAUCAGCAACACCAGCAAUGGUAGCACGUCAACGCUGCCAAGCAUCGCAGAGGCGUCUACGCCCGUACGUGCAGGCGCUCGUCCGUACAUUGCUCGUGGCCCGAGCCGACGUCGGCACGCGGGAUCUUUCAGCGCACAGGAUCUGGCACAAGGUGCGGCCAUGACGCCAAGCAACAGCAAUCAACCCCCGUUCAAUCUCGAGGAUUUGCAAGCAACCUCUGCGUACAACACUCCAGCACGAGGCGCGAGAAGCCGCCGCCAGGGCAGUUGGGGCAACAGCGCCAGCAGUGCCGCUACGUUUGCGCAAUCAGACGUAUCCGAUCGCAGUGCUGCGGUGGAUACGACACAGUCGACGGCGCCAAGCACCCCGGGAGGCAGCGCAACGACUGCUGCCCAGCAGCGGACCAUCUACGCUACUCCAGGUGCGAUGAGCACGCCCACAUCGUCGAGGCAGAAGCGGUCCGGCUCGAAUGCCAGUUCGGCGAUGGAUGCGGGCGGUGCACCCGGAUCGUCGGCUGUGACACCACGCAGUCAAACGACGACCCCGGCGACGCCAGCGGCGGGUGCGGCGAAACGCGGCCUGCACGUUGCGACGCCUUCGUCAGGCAAUGUGGCGGCUACGGCGGCGGCUGGCAGUCGACUGCGCAUGGCUGUGUCGGAUCCGAAGAUGACGGUGGAUGAUCAUCUGUUGGAUAUGGUCGACAACAUCACAAAGUUGUCGGCGCGUGUGUGGUCGGAGCUGUUCGAGCAUUUGGGCUCGGCGAGGGUGGAGGAGCUGUCGGCGAGCUCGUCGGAGGUGUCGCCGGUUGAAGAUCAGGAGAGUGCAGAGUUGGGGGCGGUGGAGACGGUGGUGGAUGACGUUGUGCAUGGCUCUGGUUCGGAUGGCGACAAGGAAGGGGUGCAGGGCAAGAAGGCUGCUGCUGUUGCGGGAGGCGAUAGCGAGUCGGCUCGAAAGCUGCGCGAGCUACGGGAACUGGCACAGGUCACCGACGAGCUAACGUCUCAGUUGCGCUCGACGUACCUGCGCGCGCGCGAGGAGGAACAACGUCGCCCUGCGCUCGACGACGAAGCGCCUCAGGUGGUCGACUCGGCUGCUGGCAGCACUGCCAAAGCUGAACCAGUCUCAGGGGUGGUCGAGACUGCAUCGCCGGACAGCAUCUCACAGGCGACGGUGGCCAAGCUGUUCGACGAAUCGCAUCGCUUCGUGCGCGCGGUGGUCAACACGUCGACGCUGAUCAAGGCGAUUUCGGUGGCGCACGACUUCCCGCGCGAGUUGCGGAGCUUGUUGGGACAGGUCGCACAGGCGUGUUCGAACUUGACCGUGUAUCUGCUGUGGCUGAGUCCUACGGUUAGCUCCUAG